GGAAAGAUAACGUAAACGGAGCAAAAUGGGCAGCAUUGAAGAGAUGUCCGGACAAUCUCGUAUGAAAGCACAACACAGCGGCACAAAUUUAUCAAAUACUGCAAUUGUCUUUGAAGGAUUUUGCGGUGAUCUUUCAAUCAUGUGCACCUUUUUAACCUUGAAUGUGAUCUUUGUGCUGGUUGGUUUGUUCAACAACUGCUUAGUUGUUUUAGUUGUAUGGCGGAAUAAAGCAAUGCGCAAUCCGACCAAUUUGCUUCUUUCAAACAACGCGAUUGCUGAAAUCAUCUUCCUGCUGGCUUCAGGAACAGAUUCAGUAAUUCACAUUUUAGGAUUACAAUAUUUUACUUUUGCUCGACCUCAGAGCAUAAUGAAAGCACGAGGCUGGCUUGUAAUGAUUGUUACUAUGUCUUAUUUGGUGGUACUUAUGAGCCUAGCAUUGCUUGCAGUUGAACGAUACAACGCUUUGUGUCAUCCGAUGAAGAUUCAUCGCAGGUUAGCGAAACGAAGUGGUAAAAUAGCUACGAUAAUAAUGUGGUCCAUCGCUUUCAUCUUUGUCCUAAUAAUAACUAUUGCUGUUGGGUGUAACGGCUGGUACUUCAAUAGGGAAUCUUUGGUAUUUUACUGUACUGUAACUGCAAGUGUUUCAAUUCUGAGCGGUUUUACAAUCAUUUAUUGCUAUGGAGCCAUCAUCUACGGCAUGUAUGUCUCGAAGACUAUUUUCACUCAGACAUGUAGUGUCACUGUAACAGAUGAUAUGAAAUCAAAACGAAAGAUUCUCAGAAUGCUUUUCUCCAUAACUCUGACAUUUUUAGCCACGAAACUUCCAAUGCUUAUUUAUACCAGUAUAGUUCUCAUCUCAAAUAUCUCUAACGAUGAAGUAAAGUGUCUUAUCAUUCUGUUCGAAACCUUGGCUCAUGUCUCUUCGUUUCUCAGUCCUGUUAUAUAUAUAGCGUUCAGUUCAAACUACCGUGACGGUGCAAAGGAUUUAUUGAGAUGUGGUGUUCGUAAUAGAGUGGCAAGUCAGUGACACGCUCUAUUUUAUUUGAACGACCAGAAUAUUUCAUGUUGUUAUGCAAUGUAGUACUAAUAUAUAUUUC